GAAGAGCAGCUAGAUGUAUGACACAAUGGAUGUGGCGGUGAGAGAAUUGUGUGAGACAUGAAAUCUGACAUUAAUUUUGUUAUGAAGACCUGGAGUGCCAGAAUUCUGCUCACUGUCACAGUGAUCAUCAUGGUGUUAGCUGGGUCAUUCCCGGCAAGAGGGUCCAUUCAAAACAAUUCUGUACAGCAUCUUGUCAGCAAUUCACCUCGAUCAGUAACGGUGACCAAGCCUGCAACUCAACCAGCGGAAGAAAAAUCCAAUAUAUCUGCAGUGGUUGGUUCGUCUAUUACAUUGAGAUAUCCUUGGCAAAAGCAAAGCACCUUGCUAACAGUAUGGAAUGUGAAAUUGAUAAAUGGGACAAAUUGUCAUUUAUCCUACAUGAGUAUCAAAAAUCUAUCUGAUACAAACUGCACUGAGAACAUUAACUGGUUUUCUAGACCCGAUCAAGAAUAUGCUCUUCUUAUAAAGCCAGUGCAGAUUUUCAACGAAGGAUUCUAUAAAUGCUCCAGUUCCAUCAAUGAGGGCACUUUCUUCCAUGAGUAUGCUCUAACCGUAUUAGUGCCUCCUCAGGUGCUCCUGACCUAUGGCUCCAAUGGAACUGCUGUGUGUGUGGCAGCUGCAGGAAAACCAGCGGCACAGGUCUCAUGGGGCCUGAAACGGGAUUCUAGCACUGUGAAAAAAAUGUUGGCUAACGGCACAGAGACCAUCAUAAUAAGCACAUAUAAUGUCACAAGUGCUGAAGAGAAUAACUUAACUUGCCACAUUUCCCAUCCAGCUUGGAGCAACUCCCUUGUCUUGAGUCUCAAAUCAGGCAGAAAUGGUGAAAAAUUGAAGGACUCUAAAAUGCCACUUCUGUAUUCCGUCCUCGGUGUUAUCCUGGGAAUUAUUCUGAUUUUGCUUUUCAUCUACCUCAGCAGACUUCUCUAUGGAAAGUAUGACAAAGACCUUAUGCAAAGGGAAGCUGAUACAUCUAAAAGCCCAGAAACAAUUUCAAGACCCAGCAUCCAGGAGAAUGAAAUGGAACCCUAUGCCACCUUUGUGCAAAAAGAAAAUGUGAUCUACGAUACAACGUUUGAUGCCUCAGUGAGCAAACACUUCCCACCAGGGCUUUCACUUUCCACAUAAGUCUCCAUCUGAUUCUAGCUUUUUGUGCAAAGGAAAGAGAGAAAAAUACAGCAUAACAGGAAAAGGAAAGACGGCCGUUGUCUUUUUUUAAUGACCUUACCAAAGAACAUGGGCAAAUGUUUCUGAAUUCUUGUCAUGUGCUCAAUGUCCUAUUGGCCCUUUCUGCACUGACAGCUUGCUCUGAAGAAUCCGAGGAGUCAAGUCUUAAGGAUUGACUUUGCAUUCGUACUCAUUCCCUCUAGACUGUUCUUCCCCCUACUUUUAAUUUAUUUGUAUAUUCUGUAUGCAUUCUGCAUCUACUAGCAAAACCCACAAUUUUUGUGCUAACU